CGUUUCUGGGAGGAACUUUUUGUCGGUUUUUGAGAAAAUCGACGUAACCUAAUUUUAUUAGGGAAAUUUGGGGUUUUCCCCAAUAUUUCCUAAAAACUUACUCAGACCUUGUGGGAUCUCUUACCAUUCCUUCUUGUGCUUGCGACUGUUAUCACUAUAGUUCUCUUCUGUUGGUUAGUUCGCACUGAUUUUGCAGGAUGAAAACUAGCAAAAUGGUCUUCAUACUCACUAGAAUCAAUGUUGUUGUAUGGUAAUAACAGCCACCUUCUGAAUGGGUUUUGUAGUGUCUCGAAUCGCAUCCACUCACUUAUCGCCUUCAAAGGUAAAGAACAGCCAUCGAAUAGAUAGUUAACACUGAAAGUCACAUAAAGAGUGCAAACGUAUUAUUCCAUAACUUUCUCAUCGACCUCUAUAGCCCUUGAUGUCGGGGUUGGCUUACUGGGAAACUCGAUUGGUAACGUGGGAUACGCAAAAGACAUAGUUAUGUAGUGUGGCAACCUAAAUCAGUGCACGCAUGUACCAGGUUCCGCGUUGCGCAUAAUUGACUUUCACAGAACAAGCUGACACGUUUAUUCCAUGUCCCAUAAAUGUGGGCAAGCAUCAUGUGGAAAAAGUAUUACUCUUACUCUGAUCUACUCCCCUGUUACUUUCAUCAGGGCAACUCAGUAGUAAGUCUGUCUUCUAACACCUUUUGCUAUGUAAAGGCAACUCGAUUGUGUAAGGCAUUUAUUUAAACGCUAACUCCCACUUUCUGAAUCUGACAGAAACUAGAACGAACGACGACUUCCUAAUUAAAACACCUCAUUUGGUCAUGUAAUUUAAUUUACAAAUAACUAAUUAAAUCAACACGGCCCGGGCUUAAUUUAUUCAGUUGCAGUAUAUAUAUUCAAAACACCUGCGGUAUAAUCCUAUCCGAAUAGGUAGAUAUUAAUUAACUGUCACGACUGAUGUAAUUCGGAAUAUCUCACAGCUGCAUCUAGAUGUUGAUUCCUGUUAAAGACUAUUUUACGAAGUUAUCAUUGGUAUUGUCCAUAAUACCUAAAUCAAUUUCUACUUCCAUGAAACUCUAAUCAGAACGGCUACACUUCCAUAUGAGGUAGGCAAAUAUUCGAUAACUCUACAAUAUAUGACUGGAGUUCAGACCAUAGUACCGCUGAAGCUACCAUUCCUGUUUACUUUUGGAAGCAGUUUUAUCUAAAUACAAUAUUAUUCAAUAUAUAUCAGUCACAACGAGUCUUACUUGCAUUUACUACCGUAAAUGGGUUAUAACCGCUAAAUACUUUGCACAGGAUAUGCAACAGAGCUUAAGAGGAAUUACAAAAUUCAUCUAUAUCUGCUGAUACAUUACUUCAAUUACAAAUAAAAUGCUAGAUUUUAAAAAUAAAACAUGUACUCUUUGAUUUUUCCUCUAGGAACGUCAUGGUGUGUUACUAUGACUCUCAGCUCGAUCCAUCACAUUUCCGUUUAAUUCAAGCAUCUGUUCCUGAAGUUUUAAAGUGGUUUAGCGAUUUGUCCGCUUCUAAGCGUGUAGAAUUUGUUUGCGGCUUACUUCAGUUAUCUACGCCACCAGAGCUAAGGUUCUACGGCAGCUGCUUGGAAGAGAUUGCCCGUCAAGAUUACGAAAGUCUCCACGAUUCUGAAAUACAGGCAAAUGCACCCAUGGAAAAUUAUGGUGUUUUAACUUUGUAUAAUACUGUGCCAUUGAAUCCUGGUAUUUCCACUUUGGUAACUCCGAUUUCUAUCCCGAUUCCUCCCUCAUUUAUAAUAUUAAAUAACAACCCAACAUUGCGAUCUAAACUUAUUAUCAGUCUUUCACUACUUAAUUCUACAAAUAUACCAGCAGCUACAAGUUAUUUUGAAAUGUUAAUGGCUGAUGAGAGUGACACACAUUCGCCGAAUGAUCUACAAAUAUCGACUACCAUGUUUAAAACAUCUUCCCUUGUAAAAUGUAAAUCAUCUAAGAGUGGGUCUGUUUCAUCAGACGACAGUGAUGACGAAUUGUCUUCAGUAGAUAUUUUAAGGACUAUUAACCCGCAAGUCUUGGAUGAAAUCAUGCUCAUUUACACACUUGCUGCAUUUCAUCCUGCUUUCUCUUUUGACCAGCGACAACGUUUGUAUAAGCGUUUAUCCAUUGUAAAAGCCUUAUCUGAUCAUUCAGUAAAAAUUGCUCAACUUGCCAAUCAGUAUAAAGAUCCAAAUAAACAUGUCCUUAGUGAGUGGGAAAAGCCCCCUCAAAAAUCACAGUCUCCAUCUAACUAUAAACACCAUUCCUGUCUAAAUUUUCCUGCCAGAUCUAAUGUUCCGCUGUGUCCUGCACCAAGACAAUGUCGUCUUCACGGUGACCAAAGCUCCAUCAAUCAAGACUCCAAUAAUAAUCUUUCUACAAAGUAUUCACAUUGUGGUUAUUUGCUGUGUCAUUGCUCACAAUGCCAUCAUCGAGGUUCUGUAACACGUUCAUUACGUCGGCAUAGUUUACCGUCAGAUUGUUUGCGUUUUUGUGGAUAUGACAGUGACGAAAACAAUAAGGAACUUAUUUCAAUUACCAAUCCAAGUACCGUAGAUAUGCAUUUCAACAAUAAAAGUGAUACAUUGGAUGUAUCAUCGGUGACAAGCAUUCAAACUGAUUCAUCAUGUAUUAGUAGACCAGAUGAUUCAUUAGAGUCUACUAGCCGACGAAGGGAUGAUGCUUUCGGGAGAUUCGAUGCUAUUAUUAUUACUACUACUACUACCACUACUGUUACUACCACUGCUACUAGUAGUAAUCAAAGGUCGAAUGAUGAACACUAUCCUAGGACUACACGUUGUUUAUCAUGUCGAGAAUACGAUAGUCAAACUUGUAAUGGAGAGUUAUCUACUCAUGAUUCUGAUUUGAAUUAUCUUAAAGAAGUACAUCUUUGGUUGAAAAAUCCUAAUCGAUCAGUUACUAUUGGCGAUCAAUUUAAUUCUUCUCCAAAUACAAUAUCGACAAAAUCUUCAAUAAGUUUAUCGACUUUAUCCGAUAAUAUUCACACAUCUUUCCCAUCUAUGUUAUCAAAUUCUCAGUCUACAUCUAAACUACAGGUAUCCGAUGUAGUGGAUCCAUUGUUGUUGACCAAGAACGAUAAUCAUAAUGGUAAUAAUAAUUCCAGUUGUUUGGAACAAACACUUCCAGCCAGUGUUUAUGAUAAUCGUCUGGACUUGUCUGCUGACUGCCAAUCUAUUAGCGAACUAUGCAUAAAUACAACAAGAACCUUAACAGCUUCUGAUGGGCCUUCCGUUUAUAAAGAUCUAGUUCGAUCAUCUGAGGAAUUUACUUCAUGUUCGCCACCGAUUAACCUGAGUUCAAUGAAUAAUCCAAUGUAUUCCUCGUCAUCUACAUCGAACAGAAGAGUCGUAACCACAACAUCAAGUUCAGACUUUCGUUUUGGUGCUGAGAAAUGCUCGAAAACAAUAUCAGACUUUUGCCCCCUAUUUCCCAAGCGUCAUAGUUCCGGUUCUUCUCCAAUCUCCACACCACCUUCUGAAGAAAGCAGUUCUGACUCCACUGCACUAAAAGCAUCUUCACCGGAAUAUUGGACUCCAAAAGGCUCAUCACGUUAUAUUCGUGGAAUAUACACACCAUACCAAUCUUACAGUCAAACAUUUCGUCCUGUUGUGAAUCAUUCUCGAGAAUCUCAAGUAAAAAACACUUCCUCUUCAAGUCGAUUAUCCCAAGCAUCUCAUUCGAUGGUUGUAUCACAGUCCAGUAGUGUAUCAAAGCGCAAAUCUUACAAUCAAUUCACCUUGGAGGAUUUCCCUUCAUUAUCAACUUUACGUUCCAUGGUCAAUGCGGAAUCAUCAAAUGUUUCAACUAAACAUAAAACGAGUAAUGAAAAUUACAGUUCUUUUAAUAGUCAUAUCAAUCAUAGUUGUAACAACAGUAAUGAUAAUAAUAAUGCAUGUACUCGUCAAUUACCGAUCACAUCCACUACUUUUCCCGCGUCUACGUGUGAAUUACCUAAUAGUGUACAAAAUUCUCAAUUAGAUUUUGAUAAACUUCCAGUUGUUUCUAACUACAUGAUACAUGGUGAAAACGAUAAUACGGUUGUAAAAUUAAUCUCAUCGAAUUCAACUGAUAAUAUUCAAUUGGAGCCAGGUGUUUUCUCUUCUAAUUCGUCGAAUUUUCUUCCGAUUAUGAUAACAAAUUCAACUACUUCCUCACAUAUAUCUGUGUUACCACGUGUUACCACUAGUACUACUAUUACUACUACUACAUCUGUCUGUACUGCUUGUACUGCUACUACUGGCAGCAAUAGUUUUUCCAUCUCACCACAUUAUUGGAUGUUACCUGAAGGUCCUAUACCAAUACUUCCUUCAACAUUAUAUUCGCCAUAUCUAUUGCCUACAUCUACUAUUUUAGAAAAUUUCCAGUAUAUGCAAAGACUACCUAUGUUAUAUCAGUGGACAGUCCAAUCGGCGGAUACAUCUAGUAACAGUAUUAACUGUAUUAACAAUGUAUGUGCAUCUUUUAUACCAUAUUUAUCGCCCUGUGUUGGUAUUUUCACUACAAACUCUGUGAAUAAUAAUAAUAAUAAUAAUAAUAAUAAUAAUAAUAAUAAUAGUGAUGAUGAUAUACAAUGUGCCAAAAUGAAUAUUCCGGAGAUUAGUACAAUUUAUCAUUCCCCUCAAGAAUCUGAUAACGACGAACACGAUAAUAAUGAUGAUCAUGAGCAUAAUGAUAUCGAAAAGAAAAAGAAAAUCAAAGAACUAGAUAGUCCAUUACAUUCUACCAGUACCACUGAUGUCUCUAUGAAUAAUAAUAAUCACAAUAUUGAAGUAACUACUAACAUCACUCCUCUUGAAACUACAAGUUCUUCAAUCUGUAAUUCUCCGGUGGAACUACUUCAUAAAGGCUUGUUUUCACAAUCAUACAUCUUAUUGCCUUCAUACCCUCCUACUCCUAUCCCUACUACUACCACUAAUAUUCUCCCAUAUUCAACUUCUAAUAUGUAUGUUAAUACUUUAAAUUCUUGUGGAAUAGUGCAAAAUUCACCAGUUUGUCAAGCAAGUAUAACGAUAACAACAAUUUGUAAUAAUAAUAAUAGUAGUGGUAUCGAUCUGAUUACAAAUAAUAAUAAUUUGCUUUCAAAUCAUCAUUUGAAUACAACUAUGAUGAAGCAACUGAAUGAUGAACGGAAUUUACCAGAGAUUAAAAAGAUCAAUGUGUCAAACGAUACAAAUAUCUGUCCAGUAUCACAUGAAAAAACGUUUAAUGGUAUCAACGCCACAGCGAAUAGUACGACCUCACCUUCGUUUGUGACUACUGAUACUACCAUUUUAACGACGAAUUUGAAUAUUAAUCGUAUCCAUUCAUCUAACCGCCUAAUAACUCAUCAAGCAUAUGGUUCUAAUCGUACUGAUAUAAUCAAUACGGAGGAAACUCAUAAAAAUCCACCAGUAAAUACUGUUGAGAAUUGUGACUGUUCAGAUUCUACCAACAGUAGCAAACCUUAUCCCUUAUGGUCUACUAAUGAAACUGUUUGUAAUCCUACUUGGUUCUAUCCUCGUUUUCCUGGUCGACCUGAUUCUUCAAGUGGUCUACCCUCCAGUACUUCCGGGUCCCAACGUACUUACCCUACUCGUGGUUAUUCACCUAUGAAUUUCAAUAAUUCUGUUCUACCACGCGGCUAUGCUCAACCUCAAAUUGCCAGUUCGUUUUACUAUACACAACACCCUGGUUUAACAUUAGUUCCGAAUUCUGUGUCCAGUCAUUCACCAUUUAUUGGUUCAGUUCCUAAUCCAAAUAUGCACUUCCAACAACCACAUCCUUUAUACGGUUUAGUUCCUAGUUCAUCUUCGACUUCUGGGGCAUCACUGAAUGGAUACCCAGGAAUUCCUAUGGCCUCUACAAACUCAAUUAAAUCCAACAUUUCUUCCAUAGGUCAGUCAUCAGUAGCAUCAGUUGAUCCUAUAUCAACAGCAGCCUUACUACAAAAUGCUUUGAUUCAAAUACCAAAUGUUCCUUUGCUACAGAACUUCGUGCUACAUCCGCCUUUACAUCCAACAUAUCCUCCGCCAAUACCAAAUAUACCAGCUAAUUGUGCCAAUAAUCCUGCCAUGACAAUUUCUUCUUGGUCAUCAAUAAAUGGACCUAGAAUAGUCAGUUGUUACAAUUGUGGUCAGCCAGGACAUAAAGCUAAUGUUUGUCCAUCUAGAUGGUCUAGUCAACAAUUAUCAGAAAGUAAGCAAAAAUUAACUGUUCCCUCAAUUGAAUUGAUAGAAAUAUUAUUUCCUACACACACUCCUCCCAAACUAAUCCCCUAAUUUUAUGUUGAACAAUUUUAAUGUUAUUCUCAGAAUGAUUUUAAUCUCAUCUUGUGUGUGCUCCAUAGCUCUCUAUACGUUCCUAAAGGGCAAAAAACGUUAUUAGCUGUUAAGCAUAUCUCUUAAUCAAGUGUGGUAAGAUGAUCGUACGUUAUAAGCAUAUCUAAACCGAUGUUCGAACCAGAGACUUAUUUUCUGAAAGCAGAGUAUUUUAAAAAACAAUCCUCCAUUCUCCCAGAUGAUAUCUUGCGCUAUGAACUACAUUAUUCAUAUUUAUAUUCGACACAACUUUAGUGGUCAAGACAUCACUUUCAACCAUUGAUUCUCAGCUUCGAACCCUGUUCUAUUGGCUUCGGUUUGGACAGUCGGGUAGUAUUACUAAGUAUCCUUCAUCCAUAGAAUACUUGACGUAUGAUAAGUUUUCAUUAGUUUUGUAUGAAUGUUAAUUUUCAGUACAUUUCCUGGUUAAUUAGUUAUUUAAUAAAUUUAUUAUUUCUUCACUCCCUCAAUUGGUAAAUAUCUGUAUGUACUAGACUACAGUCCAUAAUUAGUGUGUGUAUGUGUGUGAAAACAUUCAUCGACUUGGAAAAUCGAGAGAGAGAAGCGAUACACUUAGCUUAUCGAUUUGAACUUCUCUCUAAUUUUUAUAUCAGUGUUUAAUAUCAAAAGAAAUAAAUCAGACAAAUUUUGUUUUAGAAAUAGUAUCUGUUCAUUAAGGUGUGUAUACAGAAACACCAUGCUCUAAAGCCUAAAUAUACAUCUAUAACUUUUAUACUAGAAGUAUGACUCCCCAUAGUCUUGUGUAUACAAACUACCUGGAUAUUUAGUUAUGUUAUUCAUGUAUAUAUUUAACUUUCCGAUUAUAAGUCUAUUCAUUCUUCAAUCUCUUGAAUUGCGUCUUUUAUUUUGAAUGUGAUGAUAUCGUACUUUAUUCCCUUCAUUCUUUUCGAAUUAUAUCCUCUGUUUAGUUUCAGUUUUUUUUACUAUUGUUAGUAUUAUCAUAGAGUAGCACGAAGACUUGUGAAAACGGUCAUAUUUGUACCAGAUGCUAGUUCAUUUGCAUGAAACAAUAAUGAAUGGUGGUAAUUACAUGUAGAAUAAUAUACUUCUGACUUUCAACUUCUUUUAAAACAGUUGUUUAUAACUUCAUUUGACUGUUAUCCAUAGAUCGUUGCAUUAAUAAAAGAGGUCAUCAGUAGCUGCACCGUAUUUUGUAACAUAAUUCUGAAAUUCAUUUUAGCACAACACAAUUCUUACAACUAAUCAAAUCAUAUAUUGGCAUUCUGUAUUAAGUCAGAUGGAUAAGAGGUUGCUGAAGUGUGAUAGGUUUAUGUGUUCUGUUUUUUAACGGUUAUAUCAUUAUUUAGAAAUACUCCUUUUUAAUCAAUUCAUGUGAUAAUUGUACUUUCUCACAUCAAAUCACAUUAUUGAUUGUUUAUUUCUAUUUUUUGUUUUUCAUUUUUCUUCUUUGUCGGUGUGUUUGUAU